UUGAUCAUGGAUCCCAACUUCAAUUUAAAAAAGCCUACACCAAGUCCCCUUGAGCAACGCAUCACUGACAUUGCCCGUCGCGCCUUUUUCGAUAGCGUCCGUCAACAAGUGGCUGAUGGAGACUACUCCCAUCAUAUUAUCCAAAUCAUCAAAGAUAUUAAACAGGGCUUGAUGAGUAUGGUGGCAGAAGAUAGCAAAAUUGCUGCAGAGAUCCAUAGUGUUUUGAGUUUCGAUCUUAUCCAACAGCAGAUUACCCACAACGUCUUUGAUCUGCCUAGAUGUAUCAAGUAUGCGGGUGACAAGAUGCUCCAACUAUGUGCACCUAUGCGAGAUGCAUCGAUUCGGAAACUUGCAGUCGAGUCGGAUAUUGUCAAUGUACUGUCGCAAAUGCUUGAGAUUCUUGACGAGAUGAAGCUGGAUUUAACCAACUAUCGUUUGCAAGCACUAAAACCUCAUUUGAAGCGCCAGGCUGCCGAAUAUGAACGUGAAAAGUUUGCAACUGCCCUCAAAAGCGGCACGGCAUCCCUCACUCGAACCAGCGAAUGGCUUCACGCAUCAGUUGCUCAUUUAAAAUCAGUUGCCGCCUCUCGUAACCCUGAAAAGAUUGAUCAUCCAGAUCUGUCUAUCAAGUUCCAGGAUGCAUUUCAUAGCGCCUUGCUCUCUAUCGUGUUUUCCAACACCUCUGUUGAUCCUGCCACUAUUCCAGAAACAUUGGUGAUGGAUGCUGCGCGCUUUUUUGCAUUUCAAAACCAAGUUCAAGCCAUCUCCAUCACAGCUGCAUUGCUAAUGCUAACCAAAAAUAUUGUCCCUGAGCUUCGUGCUACACGAGAUUUUAUCUCCAUGGUGGAUUUAAAAAAUAAGAUUUCUGCUUUGUUGAACGACGCUGAAACCAACAUGGACAACCUAAGUUUGCAGAUUAUUUCCACCGUCAAUGAAUCUUUGGCCAAGAAACAAGCCAUGUUGAAUGGAUUGGCUUGCUCAUCGUCCCAAACUGCCACUGCUUCAGCAAAAACUCUGACGGAGGAACAGGAGAAUAUGAUUCGGUCCAUGGUAACCAAGACGUUGUCAAGCAAGGAUCCUGUGUACACCCUUUUGAGUCGACGUGUACAGAUGACACUUAAGCAGCAUCUUGAUCGUGGUGUGUUUGGAAAAAACUCGCUUGCAAGUCAUGGGUUAGAUCUUGUGGCUGACGAGCUGGAGCAAGUAUCGACUCGCUUGUAUGUGCUUGCUUCGCAUAACAAGGACGUCUAUGCAGAGUACUAUGAUGAGAUUUUGCGCGAUGUUAUUUGAAUGAAUGUUUUAAUUGAAUAGUUUUGAG